CCAGGAGCUCAUAACAGAACUUUAGGUCCCAUUUUCUACAAAAGGUUUGACCCUCUAAAUAGGUUGGUAGUAUCACGGACAAUAAAAAUCACAUGGUCAGCUGACCCAAUUUGGGGGCGUUUGGGUCCCAGGCCCCUAAAAUUACCCUAAUUCGAGACUCCUAUUUGGUCCCAUAAUUCUCAAAGCUUAAAAGUUAGUAACGUGUGUCAUUAUAUGAGAGAAUCUGAAAAAUGAUAAAGCUUACCGAAAAAUUGGGUCUUAAGACUGGGUCAGACCCCCCUCAAAGACCAUAUUUAGGACCUUAAUUUGUCCCCAUAAGCUACAAACUCCAAAUUUUGCACAAACAUUCUCUAACAUAGUGUAAUGUCAGUGGUCAUAAAGCUGACCAAAAAUUUGGGUCUCUUGGCCUAGUCAGACCGCGUCUCGCCCCAUAUCUCUAUUUUUAAUGCGGAGGAGAAGCAAUAGAAAAACAUUUGUCUUAUUUCCAAUGUGUUCAGGGCCUUAACUUAUUUUUAGAAUUUUUUUAAAUAGAAUAGAACGUUUUCGUCCAAAUACAACAGGAAACCGACAUAACAAACCAGACAGUGAAAGAAAAAAGUUAAGAGAAGCAGUUAUUUUGAAGCAAGUGAAGUAAAAACGUGAACAAAUUACCGGGAUAUUUGCAUAUUAGACUAUCAAAUAUAGAAAAUUAGAAACUUUAGAUAAAAUGUGAUAGAUAGAAGAUAUGACAGGUAAAGAUAUAUGUAAUUAUAUCAAGUUUUUAGUUACUGCAUGUUGUAGUCAGUUUCGGAUGAUAAGUCAAAAAAAGUUUUAAUAGUCUGUUGUUGAACUGAAUUUUUUAAACAUAUAUUUUGUCAAUUUUUACUUCAUUGAUUGAAUUUCUCAUUUCGUAGAAUUUUCGAACAAAGAAAUAUUCAAUAAGAUCAAUGAAAGCGAUGGUAAGAGGAAAACAUAAUUAAUUAGAAUACAUUAAUUUAAGAUAACCAAUAACAAGUUAUUAUUGUGAUAUUUUGCAGAUGUUGUAGCUACUGUAGAUGACAAUUUAAAUGCAAAUGGAAAUACUGACAGUGAUGAACGAUGCUGUGUGCUGCAUGUUGGUGAUGGAUACAAAGUUGGCAAAAUAAAUCUCUUCAAUACGGAAACCCUGGGAAAGUGCAAAUCUAUCUUAGUUACACGUAAAAAUGGAAAUCUAAAGUACAAGGAUACGCAACUUCCUGGCUUUGUGAAUAAAAUUCAAGGAUUUCAUUUAAAUUGUUACAAAAGAUUUAUAGCAUUGUCUGAAACACAGAGAAAAAAUCUCCCCAACGAUAAGAAAGUAUCUAAAGCUGUCCCUUUAACCCGUUCAAAAAUUUCCAUAACAGUGCAAUCAUCUUCAACAGGAGUGUUUUCAAAGAUAUGUAUUUUCUGCAUGCGAAAGGAAAAGAAGCACAAAAAUUUAAAGCAAAAAUUAAAUGCAGCAUCUACAGAGAAUUUUCAAGAAAAUAUAAAAAAGUAUGCACGUUGGUUGGAAGAUAAGCCUAUGUUAGUGCGAAUCGGAAAUGAAGAUUUUGUAAGCAAAGAAAUAUACUACCAUGGAAUGUGCAGGGUCAGUUAUCAAAGCAAGGCCGAAAAAACACCAUUGGCAAUACAAGAGAGGAAUGAAAAAGGGAUGGAAAGACAAAAACUUGAAACAUCCUGGCAUACUGCGAGAGGGAUUCACUGCAAGGCUUUUGAAGGUGUUUGUGCUUAUAUUGAUGAUCACAUCCUAAAAGAAAAAGAUGUUAUCUUACUCAGCGAGAUAAAAAAUCAAUAUCACAUGUUACUAGCAGAAAUCGGGAAUGAAGCAUUCGAAGAUAUUGAAUCGUCUUCAGCAAAACUUGAGCAAAAAUUAUUAAAGCAUUACAAAGAAAGUAUACAAAUCAUGAAGGGGAAAACAAGACGUGGAAACUUGAUAUUCUGCAGCACCAUUUCCGAAGAAGAAGCUUUCAGGAAAGAGUACUCGAUGAAGACAAAAUUGAAAGCGAAGAUUAGAGAUGUAGCGUUUGCAUUAAGGUCUGCCAUAAUGGAAAUUGAAAAAUGCCCUAUACCCGAUGAAGUGACAUUUGCAGAUAUAAAAAAAGGUGAAGUUGAGGCACCAAAUGAAUUAAUUGAAUUUUUCAGUUACCUUAUUGGUGGUCCUGACCAACGCAUAGUAAAGUCAAAUCAGAAGCAGAGGCGCAUAAAAAGUAUUGCUGACGAUGUCAUAUUUGCUGCAACAUCAGGAAAAAAAAAACCUGCAAAACAUUUGCAGCUUGGACUGGCAGUGAAAAGCAUUACAGGAAGCAAAAAAGUGAUCGAAAUGUUAAAUAGACUUGGACACUCUGUUAGCUAUAGCAUUAUCGAAGAACUAGAAACAGAAUUAACUUUUACAUCAACAAAGGCCGGGAAUGCCACACCACAUGGUAUGAAACUAAUGUCAAGUCUUGGAACAGGCGUUGCAUUCGACAACUUUGACAGAUUUGUUGAAACUUUAAGUGGAAAGGAUACCUUGCAUGAUACUGUUGGGAUAGCGUACCAAGUUGUGUCACAAAAUAAUGACAAAUCAUUGGAAGAAGAUGACGAUUCUACCCUUGGCAAUUCUCAGCUAUCUGGAAAGAAAAAACGUAGAUCAUUUCUGGCUGUAGGAUUAGACAUAGAGCCGUACAGAAAAAAACCUAAGAUGUUAACAAGAAUAAUGCUUCCACUAGAUGACCAGAGAAGGGCGUCAGAACCCCUUUCAUAUAUCAAAGCACGCAUGUACGAUACCUUGUGGAUGAUGGAUUUUUAUUUUUCACCCGACACUACACCAAUGUGGGUUGGCUGGAAUUCUAUAAUUUUUCAAAAUACCAUUUAG